CUCCGCCGGGAAGGCGCUGGGUCUGCGCAAGCGCCGCAGCUGCAUUAGGCGAGCGGCCCUCCGAACCGGAAGUGGGCAACGCGGGAUUCGCCAUGGCCGUGGUGGCCGUGCACCUGGACUCGGACGCCUUCCUGGUGUGCCUCAACCACGCCCUGAGCACGGAGAAGGAGGAGGUGAUGGGGCUGUGCAUCGGCGAGGUGGACGCCUGCAAGAUCGUGCACAUCCACUCGGUGAUCAUCCUGCGGCGCUCGGACAAGCGCAAGGACCGCGUGGAGAUCUCCCCCGAGCAGCUGUCGGCCGCGUCCACGGAGGCCGAGCGCCUGGCCGAGCUCACGGGCCGCCCGGUGCGCGUGGUGGGCUGGUAUCACUCGCACCCGCACAUCACCGUGUGGCCGUCGCACGUGGACGUGCGCACGCAGGCCAUGUACCAGAUGAUGGACCAGGGCUUCGUGGGCCUCAUCUUCUCCUGCUUCAUCGAGGACAAGAACACCAAGACCGGCCGCCUCCUGUACACGUGCUUCCAGUCGGUGCAGGCGCAGAAGAGCGCCGACUACGAGCGGAUCGAGAUCCCCAUCCACGUGGUGCCGCACGACACCAUCGGCAAGGUGUGCCUCGAGUCGGCCAUCGAGUUACCCAAGAUCCUUUGCCAGGAGGAGCAGGACGCGUACCGGCGCAUCCACAGCCUCUCCCACCUGGACUCGGUCACCAUGAUCCACAACGGCUCCGUCUUCACCAAGAACCUCUGCAGCCAGAUGUCGGCCAUCAGCGGGCCCCUGCUGCAGUGGCUGGAGGACCGGCUGCAGCAGAACCAGCAGCGCGCGCGGGAACUGCAGCGGGAAAAGGAGCAGCUGCUGCAGGAGCUGGCCACCCUGGAUUGAGGCGCCGGGGGCAAGGAGGGAGGGGGCGGGGUUCCUCGGGGGGAGGGGUCUUUCCUAGCGAUUGCUCCUGGGUUCGCUCGCUCUGGGAUCGCCCGCAGAUCUAGAGAGCAAAACUUGUACAGAGACUCCCCGUGGCCCGAGGAUGGACGAACCCGGUUUUUAUAUAAAGUAUUUUGGCAAAAACUCCAAGAGAAUUGUCUGUGCAUUUAAUUACUCAGAGGGCAGUGAAGAGCACCGUUGUGGGUAUGAGCAGACCGAAUCCAGUAUAGCAAGCAUUGGAAGAAGUGCGGAGGAAGAGAGAAAUGGGCAUUCUGGGAAGGGUCGGAGCCGCCACCAUGCCCUGUCCGAGGUGCAAGGAGCCUUCCUGGAGCCUGUGGAUGGCAGCAUGUACCUCUGUACAGAUGUGUGCAAAAUAGAAAGGCCCGUAAGUGACUCAGUACUAGAACACUUAGGGUCAGAAAGUCCUGAGUUGGAAUCUGCAGAGAACUAGUUUUGUGAGUCCAGGGCUCACACUUUAACUUUUCUCAUCUGUAAAAUGGGCAUUAAUAAUAGCACCUACCGCACUGCACAGGGUUGUUGUAAGGAUCAAAGCACGAUGGUGGGGAUCAAGGAGAUGGAAUGGGAAAGACUUCAUUUAAAGAUGGCUUUUCUUGCCCAGAUGUAAUUAGAUGCUUCAGGCAUAUUAACUAAUAUGUAUCCAUGUAUCCUAAUGUGUAUAUGUGUUUAUAUA